AUGCCUCCGGUCGCACAUCCACCGUCAACAUGGCGGAGGUCCGCCGCCACCCAGCCGGCAUCGGCUUCGCCGAGCUACGGAUGCUUCUCCUCCUCGGCCCCGGCCUUCGGCAUCUUCAGCCUCCUCGUCGUCUUCGUCGUCCCCAUGGUCGCGCUCGCUGUCCUCGUCUUCUUUUCUCUCCUUCUCGUGGCCUACCUUGUCGUCGGUUUUUUCCUCCUCCCAACCCAUCCGCAUGCCGCCGCCCUCCAACUGGCGGCUGCCGCCUGGAGCGACGACGAAUCCUCCUCCUCCGCCACCCAGGGCUACGCCAGCGUCCUCACUCGCAUUGCCCUCGCCUUCUAUGGCGUCAUCUUCUCCCUCUUCUAUUGCUUGUACCUCUUUGCCGUAAUAGAUCCUCCGGUGCUCCUCGACCCCGACGUCACGCUCCGCCGCCUCGGCGCCCCUCGCGGCCUCGACCCCGCCGUCAUCGAGACAUUCCCGACCGUCGUGUACUCCGCCGUGAAGGGGCACAAGAUCGGCGAGGCGUCGCUGGAGUGCGCCGUGUGCCUGACUGACUUCGGGGACGACGACAUGCUCCGCCUGAUCCCCAAGUGGCUCGCCUCCCACACCACCUGCCCCGUCUGCCGUGCCGACCUCGCGUCGCGGCCGGCUGGCGACUUGGCAAGUCAACUCGUCAAGUCAGGCACUGAGCCGCCGCGGUUCGAGGUGAAGGUCGAGGCGGCUUCGCCCGACGGCGGCGCAGCAGAGAGGAGCCGGCAAGAAGGACGACCGGAGCGAAUCCAGCCGCCGGAUCCAUGGGACAAGAACGAGAGCGGCAGCUUCAGUAAUCCCAACCGAACAGGUGGCUCAGGCAGGAUCCGGAGGUUUCCCCGUUCGCACUCGACCUGGCACUCGCUAGUCCGACCGGGCGAGGACAUGGAGUGUUUCACCCUGAGGCUGCCCGCCGAGGUGAGGAAGCAAUUGAUGGACCGGCCCGGGCCGGUCCUGCCCCUGGAAGGUUGCUCGAGGCGAGGAUAUCGAUGCGAAGGCGAAGGGAGCAGCCUAGGGAGGCACUCCAGGAGGCCGGACCGCCUCGACUGGGCGGCCAAGUUGGAGAGGUGGGAUUUCAAUAGUACCUCGCCUAGAGUGGCGGCCGAUGGUGGCGGAGGGCCCUCUCAGGGUGGCUCAGGCAGGAUCCGGAGGUUUCCUCGUUCGCACUCAACCGGGCACUCGCUAGGUCGACCGAGCAAGGACACCGAGCGUUUCACCUUGAGGCUGCCCACCAAGGUGUGGAAGCAAUUGAUGGACUGGCCCGUGCUGGUCCUGCCCCUGGAAGGUUGCUCGAGGUGA